GAUUUCAGACCAGUCCAUUGCACAGAAACCCACAUGAGGCACUGACCCCGGGCCCUGCGGCCGAAGAGGUCUGGUCAGAGCUAUGAAGGUGCUGGUUCAGUCAUGCUCACCGUGGACGACGUUCUGGAGCAGGUCGGGGAGUUCGGUUGGUUCCAGAAGCAAGCCUUCCUGAUCCUGUGCCUGAUCUCUGCCGCCUUCGCCCCCAUCUACGUGGGCAUCGUCUUCCUGGCCUUCACCCCGGACCACCGCUGCCGGAGCCCCGGGGUGGCCGAGCUGAGCCGGCGAUGCGGCUGGAGCCUGGCUGAGGAGCUCAACUACACGGUGCCGGGCCCGGGGCCCGAGGGCCAGGCCUUCCCCCGCCGGUGCCGCCGCUACGAGGUCGACUGGAACCAGAGCGCCCUCGGCUGCGUGGACCCGCUGGCCGGCCUGGCCGCCAACAGCAGCCUCCUGCCUCUGGGCCCCUGUCGGCACGGCUGGGUGUACGACACGCCCGGCUCCUCCAUCGUGACCGAGUUUAACCUGGUGUGCGAUGACUCUUGGAAGGUGGACCUCUUUCAGUCCUGUGUGAAUGUGGGCUUCUUCCUGGGCUCUCUGGGCAUCGGCUACAUUGCAGACAGGUUUGGCCGUAAAGUGUGCCUCUUGGCCACCACCCUCAUCAGUGCCAUCUUGGGCGUCCUGACGGCGGCUGCUCCAGACUACACGUCCCUGCUGCUCUUCCGCCUGGGGCAGGGGCUGGUCAGCAAGGGCAGCUGGACGGCUGGCUACACCUUGAUCACAGAAUUCGUGGGCUUGGGCUACAGAAGGACGGUGGCGAUCCUCUACCAGGUGGCGUUCACGGUGGGGCUCGUGCUGCUCUCCGGCCUGGCCUACGCGGUCCCUCACUGGCGCUGGCUCCAGCUGGCCGUCUCUCUGCCCACCUUCCUCCUCCUGCUGUGCUACUGGUUUGUGCCCGAGUCGCCCCGAUGGCUGUUAUCGCAAAAGAGAAACACUCAAGCAAUAAAGAUAAUGGACUACAUAGCCCAAAAGAAUGGGAAAUUGCCUCCUCCUGAUCUAAAGAUGCUGUCUCUCGAAGAGGAUGUCACUGAAAAGCUGAGCCCCUCGUUUGCAGGCCUGUUCCGCACGCCGCACCUGAGGAAGCACACCUUCAUCCUGAUGUACCUGUGGUUCACCAGCUCCGUACUCUACCAGGGCCUCAUCAUGCACAUGGGCGUCACCGGCGGGAACCUCUAUCUGGAUUUCUUCUACUCUGCUCUGGUCGAAUUCCCGGCGGCCUUCAUCAUCCUCGUCACCACUGAGCGCUUCGGCCGCCUCUACCCGCUGGCCGGGUCCAAUCUGGUGGUGGGGGCAGCCUGCUUCCUCAUGAUCUUUAUCUCACACGCUGAGGAGACUGAAGCAUGAAGAAGUAAAUCGUGGACUUCCCUGGUGGCGCAGUGGUUAAGAAUCCGCCUGCCAAUGCAGGGGACACAGGUUCGAGCCCUGGUCCAGGAAGUUCCCACAUGCCGCAGAGCAACAAAGCCCGUGCGCCACAACUACUGAGCCUGCGCUCUAGAGCCCGCGAGCCACAGCUACUGAGCCCACGUGUCACAACUACUGAGCCCGCGCGCGUAGAGCCCAUGCUCCGCCACAAGAGAAGCCAUCGCAAUGAGAAGCCCACACACCGCAACGAAGAGUAGCCCCUGCUCGACGCAACUAAAGAAAGACCAUGCGCAGCAACGAAGACCCAACACAGCCAAAAUAUAAAUAAAUUAAUUAAUUUUUAAAAAAAGAGAAGAAGAAGUAAAGCGUUUGCCGGCUCCCACAGCUGACGGGAGGCCGAGCUGAGAUUCGAAAAGCACAUUUGUCCCUCUGCCCAGCGGGGCCUCCCCCUCAUCAUCAAGUCCCCAAACCUUUCAGGACUCAGUUUACGUAUCCACAAUGGAGGGGUCAGAUAAGACGAUCUUUCCGGCCCUUCCAGCUCUGAAGUCCAAGGUUCCACUCAUGGCUUCUCCCGGCAACUCCAUGGGCACAGUCCUCACUUGCUCUCCACACCCUC